AAAUCAUUUACUUAGAUAGUGCACAAAAAAAAAACUUAGAAAACAAUUAAAACAAAAAUGGCGUUUGCUUCAAAGAUCAUCGCAUGCCUCCUCGUCCUUAAGGUCUACAUGGCAGCUCCAACAGAGUCACACAUUACGUGUGGGAUAGUGACAUCCACAUUGGCUCAGUGCAUGGGCUACUUGACCAACUUUAGUCCAGUGCCAUCAGACUACUGCUGCGCGGAAGUCAAAGCACUGAAUGAAAUGGCUCAGACCACACCGGACCGCCGACAAGUAUGCAAGUGCCUUAAAUCACUGGCUAAGGCAAACAAUGGAUUCAUCAAUAUCGAGCUUGUGGGCACACUCCCUACCAUUUGUGGUGUUUCAGUUCCCUACCCGUUUAAUUUCAGCACCAAUUGUGAUAAUAUUUCGAUUGCCGUGUGAAAGAGGGUAGCUAGAGAUGUUGUACGACCACGACUAAUCAAAGUUGCCAGCUUUCUAACCUAGCAUCACAGUUAUUCUGCUUUCCAUUUUAUGAUCUCAUUGUCUCUUAUUGUUAUGUAAUCAUACACUUCAUAUUGUAAUAACGACAAAGGAACUUCCUCU